AUGGUAGCAGAAACAAAACUUUACGAUGCAUUAGGCAUCAAGCCUUCUGCCAAUCAACAAGAAAUCAAAAAAGCAUAUCGUUUAAUGGCCCUAAGACACCACCCCGAUAAAAACAAAGAUAAACCCGACUCGGCUGAAAAAUUCAAAGAGGUAUCCCAAGCCUACGAAAUUCUCUCGGAUCCCGAAAAGCGCAAGACUUACGACCAAUAUGGAUUAGAAUUUAUGCUUCGCGGCGGCCCCCCACCACCAGAGCCUGGCGCCAGCGGCGGAAACCCAUAUGCAAGCGCAGGAGGCAUGCCUGGAGGUUUUGAAGGCUUUAGUUCAUCUGGCGGUGGCAUGCCCAGAGGAAAGACAUUUCACUAUGAUUUCAGUAGCGCGGGUGGGCCAGGCGGCGGAGGGUUUAGUUUCAGUAAUCCAGAAUCGAUUUUCAGUGAAUUUUUGAGAGGUCAAGGAGCAGGUGGUGCGGAUGGAAUGGAGGAUAUGUUCGCAAGUAUGGGGGGAGGAAUGCCUCGCUCUAGUCCUGGAGGAGCAGGCGCACGAUCCAGACCAGCACGCUCGGCAUUCCAGGGCGCGGAACCAGCGAGACCGAGAGCGGAGACGCCUGAGGUGACGACGGUGGAGAAACCUCUAGCGUUGAGUUUGGAAGAAUUGUUCAAGGGUUGUCAUAAAAAGAUGAAGAUUAAGAGGAAGACUUUUGAUCCAGAAACGGGCAAGAGACAGACCACCGAUCGCAUUCUGGAGAUGGAUAUCAAGCCGGGAUUGAAGAAGGGAAGUAAGAUUAAGUUUAAGGGUGUUGGUGACCAAGAGGAGGGAGGGCAGCAAGAUUUACAUUUUGUUAUCGAAGAGAAAAAACAUCCCUAUCUAACCCGUGAUGGCGACGACUUGAUCAUGACUGUCGACCUCGACCUCAAAGAAGCCUUGACAGGCUGGAACCGCACCGUCACAACCAUCGAUGGUAAAAACAUCUCUCUGGACAAAAGCGGACCCACUCAACCCGGCUCCUCAGAUUCCUAUCCCGAUUUGGGCAUGCCGCUGAGCAAGCAACCUGGCACGAGGGGUAACUUUAUCGUGAAGUAUAACGUCAAGUUCCCGACGAGUCUGACGGUGGAGCAGAAGCGGGCUUUGAAGGAUAUUUUGUAA